AAGCCGCUUUACUUGUUCGCUGUCUAACAACUUCGUUCCCGUAUAUUCUUCAUUUCUCUCUCUCUCUCUCUCUGUUUCUUUUUCUCUCUCUCUAUUCUCACUCCUUCUCUCUUUCUCUUCUUCUUCUCUCUUUCUCUUCUUCUUCUCUCUAUCUCUCUACAUCUACGCCUGUUUGUUGAGGAACUUGGAUUUCUACUAUUCGAUCCAGUUGUUUUUUUACUAUUCAAAAUGCUUAUUCUCUGGCUAUAUUGGUUUGAACACUUAAUUUUUACCCUUUUUCUCGUCAUUGUUUUGUCAAUAUGGGGAAAGGAAGGAUUUCGAGGAGUCGCCAAGAUAUUUGUGCAGGCCGUUAGAAAAAUUCCUGCGUUCAACAACUUGUUAUCAAGCAUCCUGAAAAAAGAAGUUAAAAAUUUUGUUGGAACUAUUAAGAAUACGGAAAGUGAUAAGAGUGCAGCACAGCCGAAGGUUUCUCUUCCGAAAAAAGGUAUUAGCCAUGAAGAAUUACUUAAGGAAAUGACCAAAAUCAAGGCAGACGACCAAGAUCCUUCAAGUGGUAAAUUGUUCGCCUACGUCUAUACGAACGAAAACGGUCAUUUCGACAUACAAAAGGAAGCAUACGAACUCUUCUCAGAGAAAACUGGUUACGAUGGAGACCAUGAUAAAUUAGUUAAAGAAUUUUAUUACGCUUUCAUGCACGAAAAUGCCUUAAACCCAAUGGUCUUUCCUAGUCUCAGACGAUUCGAAAACGAAAUUGUGUCCAUGACUGCGUCAAUGUUGAAUGGAGAUGAUCAAGUUUGCGGAUCUCUAACUUCUGGAGGAACUGAAAGUAUUCUAAUGGCAAUGAAGGCCUACAGACACAGAGCAUUAAAACUCUUUCCACACAUUACCAAUCCCGAAAUGGUAGCUCCCAUAACUAUUCAUCCAGCCCACGAAAAGGCCGCCAGCUACUUUGGCUUUAAAAUUGUUCACAUUCCCAUAGAUGAAAAUUGCCUACCGAACAUGGAGAAAUACGAAGAGGCUAUUAACGCCAACACAAUCGCCUUAUUAAGUUCGGCACCCCAAUACUGCCAUGGAGUUAUAGAUCCAAUAGAAGAUAUUGCAAAGCUUGCCAACAAGUACGAUCUACCUCUACACGUUGACGCGUGUUUCGGAGGUUUUAUGCUUCCAUGGGUCGAAAAAUUAGGAUAUAACAUACCGCCAUUCGACUUUAGAGUUAAAGGAGUAACCAGCAUGUCUGCCGAUGUACACAAAUACGGAUUCGGUGCAAAGGGUGCUAGCGUUGUGUUAUAUAAUACGGCGGAGUUAAGGAAAUAUCAGAUGUUUGCCUAUGCCGAAUGGCCUGGCGGUCUUUUUGGUUCACCAAGUAUGGCGGGAACGAGACCAGGUGGAAAUAUAGCUGCUGCGUGGGCCGCUCUUAAGGCUAUGGGUCAAGAUGGUUAUUUGUCUAUGGCAAAGGGAUUAAUGGAAACUACCAGCUAUUUAAUAGAGAAAAUAAACUCUAUUGAAGGAUUAACCAUCAUGAGUAAACCUCACAUGACAGCCUUCGCUUUCACUUCGACAGAUCCAAGCGUUUGCAUUUAUAGCUUGGCUGAUGCUUUAGAAGAGAAAGGCUGGAAAACAGAAAGACAACAAAAUCCACCGUCUUUGCAUUGUACAAUUAUGCCUAAUCAUGCUCAAGUAAAGGAAAAACUGGUUGAAGAUAUAGAAUAUUGCAUCAAAACAACUAAAGGAAAGAAAGAUUUGGCUAAGAAAGGCACGGCAGGAGUCUACGGUAUGGUCGGUACAAUUCCAGAUAAGAGUAUCGUUGAAGACUUUUUGAUCGAAUUCUUCUGUCAAAUUUAUAAAAGUUAA